AUGGACUCGGCUCUGCCACAGUAUCGACUCCACGAUAACCAAACUCCGCUUCCAUUACAACAUCAGUAUCCGGUAUGGUACCUCUUCUAUGGCACGUUACAAGAUCCAGAGAUCUUGGCACAGCAUGUUGCCUCAGACGGCCAGCCGAACCUGAUCCCAGCUCGAAUCCAAGGUGGAAAAAUGAAGAGCUGGAGAGGGAAAUACAAGGCACUCGUCGACGCACCUGAUCCGAUGACGGAGGUACAUGGGAGUGCCUUCCUCGUCCAAGAUCGCGAGCUAGAAGACUCGCUUCGAUCCUACGAGGCGGACAAUUAUGAGGUUGUCAGAUGCCGAAUCAUCUCCGAUCAAGGCAACCUACCAGGGCUUACUUUUCGUUCUGGAAGUAGCUCAGAAGACCUGGCGUUGGAUUGA